GCGCGCCCCCCCCAGCCCCCGCCGCAGCCCCCGCCCAAGGGCCGGGAGCUCUUCAGGAGCCAGCGGAAGGAGUCCGAGGGCUCGGUGGACUGCCCCAACCUGGAGUUCGGGUACGGCGACGCCGACGGCUUCGCGGCGGAGCUGGCAGAGCUGUACAGCUACACGGAGGAGCCCGAGUUCAUCACCAACCGCAGGUGCUUCGAAGAGGACUUUCGCACCCAAGUGCAGGGCAAGCGAUGGCUGGAGCUGGAGGUGGCGCAGCAGAAGGCCUACGUGAUGCGCCUGCUGGACAGGCUGGAGGUGGUCAACAGGGACAAGCGGCUGCGAGUGGCACGGGCCGUGCUCUACCUGGCGCAGGGCGUGUUCGGGGACUGCGACAACGAAGGUGAUGUCCUGCACUGGUCUCGGCACAACAACUUCCUCUUGUACCAGAUGGGAACCUUCUCGGCCUUCCUGGAGCUCCUGAACAUGGAGAUCGACAACAGCCAGGCCUGCAGCAGCGCCCUGAGGAAGCCGGCCAUCUCCUUGGCCGACAGCACGGAGCUCAGGGUGCUGCUCAGCGUCAUGUACCUGAUGGUGGAGAACAUCCGUGUGGAGCAGGAGCUCGACCCGCCCGAAUGGAAAGCCUGCCGUGAGACCUUCCGAACAGAGCUGAGUUUCCCUGUACACACCGAAGAGCCGUUUGCGCUCUUGCUCUUUACCAUGGUGACCAAGUUCUGCAGUGGACACGCUCCACACUUUCCCAUGAAGAAGGUCCUGCUUCUGCUCUGGAAGGUGCUUCUGUUCACACUGGGCGGAUUUGAAGCCCUGCAGGCAAUGAAGGUGAAGAAGCGGGAGGAGCUGGGCCUGCCGCCCCUGCCGGAGGACAGCAUCCAGGUGAUGCGCAGCAUGCGAGCGGCCUCGCCGCCCACGUACUCCAUGGAGCUCGUGGAGCAGCAGCAGCAGAAGCGUGGCCACCGCAGCCGACGGCCCCUAGUGAAGCAAGACAGUUUGGAUAUCUACAACGAGAGAGAUCCCUUCAAGAAUGAUGAAGCUGGAGUAGAUGAAGAGGAAAAUGAUGAUGUGGACAGUGGGAUCGAGGGUGAACUGGACCUGAUGGAGCGGGAUGCUAUUAUCCCUGUGAUGCCAGCUCAGCGCCCGCCUAUUGAAAGGGUAUCGUUCCCCAAGGGGCUCCCUUGGGCCCCCAAAGUCAGACAGAAAGACAUCGAGCAUUUCCUGGAAGCGAGCAGGAACAAAUUCAUCGGAUUCACGCUUGGACAGGACACAGAAACCCUGAUAGGGUUGCCCCGGCCUAUUCAUGAAAGCGUGAAGACACUCAAGCAGCACAAGUACGUUUCCAUCUCAGACGUACAGAUCAAGAACGAGGAAGAGCUGGAGAAGUGCCCUAUGUCGCUGGGGGAAGAGGAAGUCCAAGAAACACCUUGUGAGAUCUUGUAUCGAGCAAUGUUGUACAAUCUCCCCCAGUAUAUGAUAGCAUUGCUGAAGAUCCUCCUUGCUGCAGCUCCCACCUCCAAAGCCAAGACCGACUCCAUCAACAUCCUGGCAGAUGUUUUGCCCGAGGAGAUGCCCAUCACUGUUCUCCAGAGCAUGAAGCUGGGGAUUGACGUGAACAGGCACAAGGAGAUUAUCGUAAAGAGCAUCUCUGCCUUGCUGCUGCUGCUCCUGAAGCACCUCAAGCUGAACCACAUCUACCAGUUUGAGUACGUGUCCCAACAUUUGGUGUUUGCCAACUGCAUCCCGCUGAUCCUGAAGUUCUUCAACCAAAACAUCAUGUCUUAUAUCACUGCCAAAAACAGUAUCUCUGUCCUGGAUUAUCCCUAUUGUACAGUGCAUGAUUUGCCCGAGCUCACUGCAGAAAGCCUGGAAGCUGGCGACAACAACCAGUUCUGCUGGAGAAACCUCUUCUCCUGCAUUAACUUGCUGAGGAUCCUCAACAAGCUGACCAAGUGGAAGCACUCCAGGACGAUGAUGCUGGUAGUCUUUAAGUCAGCCCCAAUACUGAAGCGCGCUCUGAAGGUGAAACAAGCUAUGAUGCAGUUGUAUGUCCUAAAGCUGUUGAAAAUCCAGACCAAAUACCUGGGGCGCCAGUGGAGAAAGAGCAACAUGAAGACCAUGUCUGCCAUCUACCAGAAAGUGCGGCACCGCAUGAACGAUGACUGGGCUUACGGCAAUGACAUUGAUGCAAGACCCUGGGAUUUCCAAGCUGAAGAAUGCACGCUAAGAGCCAACAUUGAAGCCUUCAAUAGCCGAAGAUACGACAAACCGCAAGACUCAGAAUUUGCGCCGGUGGACAACUGCUUACAGAGCGUGCUGGGACAGCGGCUGGAGCUCCCGGAGGAUUUCCACUACUCCUAUGAACUGUGGCUGGAGAGGGAGGUUUUUUCCCAGCCCAUUCGCUGGGAAGAGCUGCUACACUAUCAGUGAAAGAGGCACAUUAACUUGAACCAAAUUCCCCCUCAAUACUGAUGUAAGGUGCUGAGGAAAGGAAGACUAUUUUGGGCAGGGGUGUUCUUAAGUACAGCUGAAAAAGAAGACCAACUUUUAAUGAGAGAAUCAGCCUUUUUAUCCAUCCAGACACCCCUGAGUAUAUGACUGCACAUCUUUUGGAGCUCUCUCCUUUCCUUUGACUUCUUGGAGGCCAUGCAAUAUAUACAAAUUUGCACAUGGUAGCCAAGUACCAGCUUCUAAUGCCAUCUUAGUGGUAAUCUCGAGAGGCCUUUGAGCUUACCUAGAUUUCACUCUACAUUUACACCAGUGCAUGAAAGAUCAGAAUCUGGGCUUGGUUAGCUCUGUUCAGGCACAUAAGUUUGCUGUAAGAGCACCUCAACUGUGAAAGGUUUUCACCUCUCCUAAAUAUCCCACACUGUGCCUAAUUUAUUUUCGUUUAGUCACUUCUGGAUGUCCAUGAGCUGCUUUGAACAUCCCACUGCCACAAACAAGAUGCCCCAGUUCCCUGCUGAAGUUAGUCCAACUAUUUCUUGGAUUCAUCUGCAACAAUCUCAAGCAGAGGCUACAGGCUGAAUAGCCCAAAGAAGACUGAAUUAUCUUGUCCCUAGAGCAGCAUCAGUGCUGCUGAGAUUGUAGAACCUGGCUCACAGAGGCUUGUUUCCAAAACUAACAGGUUUUGCUUCAUUCACCCAGGACAGUAAUUCAUUACCUUUUCCAUCACUAUGCUUUCUUUUACCACUGCAUUCUCUUAACUUUCACGUUAGAGUAAAAUGAGCAGUACGCUGUGUUCAGAGCUGUGGGGAAGGUUGACUGCCAUGUUUCUAUUUGAUACCAGUUCAGCAGCUCCAUGCAAACUCUACACUUGCAGGUAAAGCCACGUUGCACGGGCAUGCCAGCCGAAGGUAGACUGAAAACCCUGGUGUCUGGUUAGCGCGGUGGGACAAGCCCCCGAAUGAGUCUCGGUCCUUGGUGCAGUGCGUGGACAGCAGUCCCUUCUGCUCAGCCAAGGCCCUUCCUGAGGGCUGUGCUGAAAUGGCAAGCUCCGUUUCACAGUACUUUUUUCAGUAUUGUAAUGACGAGGCCUGCAAAUUACGAGCUUUCUCUACAGAAUCUUAUCAGCUCAGCACAGCAAAGACCUUAGCACAAUUUUGGAUUUAUAUUUCCCCCUUCUCACAAAACCAGGAAUUUAGCUUUUGUCAAACAAGUAUGUGUUAAUAUAGUGCAGGAAAGAUUUUACUUCUCUUAAACUGUAAUACUAUCUGUAUAUCAAGCACACAAGUGAUAAAAACACAUGUAUUCAUUAUGACAGGAUUCAUGCUUAUUGCUGUGGAAAUAAACUGAGAAUGUUUCCUUAAUGUGGUUUGUAAGAGGCAUUUUUUUAAAGAAAAAUAUCAUUAGCAAGCCUGCUUGCCUUUUCAAAUAUGCUUUUGUUCAAAAUAAACCAGAACAACUUUUAAGUGCA